CUCCCUCAAGGUAGUACCUCGCUGGUGUCCCUCUGAGCCUCUCCCUCAAGGUAGCACCCGUUGGUGUCCCUCUGAGCCUCUCCCUCAAGGUUAGUGACAUUACUGAUCCAGUGAGACAAGAUGGAGGGCAUGGUAUGUGCAGUGUGCUCAAUGAUGUACAAGAGAGGGAGUCAUGAGCCACUGAUCUUGCCCUGUGGCUAUAGCUUUUGUCGCAGCUGUGUAGUGAAUUUUAUCGCUACUGGUGAAUUACUCUGUCUGUCUUGCAAGAAAUUCCACAGAAAUGUUAAUGUUGAGAGACUGUUGAUCAACUAUUCAUUGCUGAGUUUCAUGUCAUCCUUCAAGGAAAUUAUGUAUGAUUUGUGCGGUAAGCAUGGUGAUGAGCUGAGGUACUGGUGUGUUCAGUGUCGAGUGGAGCUCUGCGGUGUCUGCCUCUACUCUGAACAUCCAAAUAACCAUCCGGUGCAGUUGGCCAUGACUUAUGUCAAAGAGAAGAAAUCAGAACUGAAAGAUUACAUCAAAUCAAGAAUAGAUAAAAUAGGGGAUGAGAAAGCGGAAAUCAAGAGCAAGUUUUACAACAGUUGCCAGAAGAUGAGGAUGCAGUGCCUGAGAGGUACUCAGCUUUAUGAUCUUGAGAGAAAUACCAAGGGUCUUUUAACAGAAAUUGAAAAGAUUUCCAAGGUCAGGUGUAUGCUGGUUUUUGAAGAAAAAGUAAAGAUUAUUGAUACAGAAUCAGAAUUUAAAUAUUUGUCUGUGUUGUCUGGAAGUGACUCAAAAGUUGAGGUCAACAAAGAACAUGCAGGUUCAAACGGAGUAGAAGUUGGAGGAGGACCAGGAGCUGUAGAAGCAGGAGCAGCCACAGCUGUAGAAGCAGGAACAACCUUAGCUGUAGAAGCAGGAGCAUCCUUAGCAGUAAUGACAUUAAGAGUGGUAGCAGCAACAAAAAAUAAUGCUGACAUAGCCAUUUCCCAGCAGCUACAGCCACAGAGGGGACGAAGAGUGAUGAUGGUUACUCGUUCCAGCAAGCGUAUGUGCAAGAGUCAGAGCGUGUGUAGUGGCAGAUGCAACAGCAGCAGCAGCACAAAGGAAGGCUUGUGCAGCUGUGUUUCAGCUGUAACAUCAACCUUACCCCAGCAUGGCACCCAUCAGACUGUCGAGUGUCACCAUGCCCAACUGGACUAUCGGGAUGGUAAACUUUUGCUGCACUCACUCGCUAAGAGUGUUGGCAAUCACCUCUUCUUAAAGUUAGUCAGUCAAUAG